AUGGAUCCAGUUGGCUUCGCCGUGAGCAGCACGCCAGACCUCAGCAGCAGCACCGUGACCAUCACGAUCAUCACCGGCUCCGACUUGGGCGUCUUGGAGCUCCACAGCAACAACACCACAGACACCACCGCGAUAUUCUUCGGCAGGGGCUCGGAGGGCCAGGCGGAGGACGAUGAGUUUUCGGCCGCGGACCUCGAAAAGUGGAUGGUCAUCAAGAAGCGCGCAGGCCACAAAAGCCGCAGGCCACCUUGCAAGGCGCACGCCGACAGCCGCGACGUGCUGACGCCGGAGGAGAUGGUGCAGCUGCGUCAAGAGUUUGUGGAGGAGCUCGCGAACCCUGCUUUGGCCAAGGAGAGAAAAGUUGCAAAGGCAAAGGCUAGGCACCACGCGGGGUGGAAACCUCCGGAGGCGCCGCAAUCUCAGGAGGAGUACCGCUUUGAUUUCGGGAAACAUUCUGGUUCCACCUUGAGGAGUGUGCUUCAGGAGGACCCUGGCUACCUUGAUCGGUUGAUGAGUUGGAGGAACAACAUCCUGGACCAGAAGCUGACAUUGAGGUGUGCUCUUGAGAAGGAGGGCCUCCUCGAGGGGCUCCUGGCGAAGAGGCCCCAGCUGAUGGUCGAGAGAGCGCGGGGGAUGAUCGCGAAGGCGGCGGAGGACAAGGACAAGCCCCUGCAUCCGGAAAUCGCCAAGUUGCGGGUCGCGCAGCACAUCGAGGCCACCGAAAUCUUGGCCAUGCAUUCCAGCGAGACUGCCGUGGCGGCGCUUGCAGCGCCCCCGCGGGACCAGCAGCAGAAGAGAAAACGAGUGUCGGCAGCCAGGUACCUUCUCCCGCACUGUUCCAGAUGUGGGAGCGUGGAGCACAAGCGGCCGCAGUGCCCGAACAAAUCGCUGCAGGGCGAGGUCGUGGAGGACUGCCGCAGCCAGGCCGUCGUGGAUUACAUGCGGAACCGCCGAUCUGCUGCACUUGUCGCCAGGCUGAAGUACACGCAAAUAUCUAUCAGAACGCGGGAGUACGAAGAGAGGGCGAAGAAGAUGGCGAGGGCCCCGAUUGACACGGACUUUGUGCAAAUGGCACGGUGGUCCCCAGAAGAGUUCGUCCACUACCUCGUGUCCGCUGGCAUUUUGCACGACUUGAAAGGGACGCCGUGCCCGCGAGGGAAGUGCCAAUCCUCCAAGAAGUCGAGCUUCCUCGAGGGCGCCGAGAAGGAGCUGGGCCAAUUGCGAUGCAAUGCUGAAAAGGGGCAGGAUAUUAUCAUUGAGACUGCGUGGCACGCGUGUGGCGUGUGCCGCGUGCACCAAUCCGUGGCUCUGCACAAUCCGUUGUUCUCUGGCCUGCUUGGGAAGGGCAGCAAGGGCGUGUCGAUGUGCGUGAUGGCGUGGUGGCUAGCCGCUGAAGGGGUCCCUGAGUCGGUGGCAGUGCGGCAGCUCAAUAUCCAUGAGGGCGUCGUCCAAGUGGAGGUCGAUGCCACGGUCAUUUGCAAGUGGAAAGCCGAGGAGAACGCCGAGCUGACGCAUUCAUAUUACUGUUACAUUGGCAUUCGCCAGCGAGGUAGCACGUCCCACUUCGCCAUGAUGCCGCUGGGCGGCCGCGUGGCCCCCGAAUCGUCCGAGGCGUAUCACGCUUUCUGCAAGGAGAUCCUUGGCGACCGCAAGUACAAUCUGCUGCUCAUGACAGACGGCGCGGGCUGCUACAAGUGCCGCUGCUCGGAUUGCGUCGUGCGGUUCGAGGAGCACCACAGCGUGAACCACUCCAGGAAGCCGAAGGCCGAGUUUUCCCGGCCCAUCCCCGCGGUCGUCGCCGACGUCGACACGGGCCACGCGAGGGGAUCUAUGGCUGGCACGAUGACGAUCGACAAAGAAUGGGAUCUUCUCAAGGAGCCUUUGCCACGGAACCUGACUGCCCGCACUGUGGAGGACGUCGAUAGGACGGACGGCUACGUGAGGCACCCGCACGCCAUCGCGACGGGCAUGCCGACGGCCGCGGCCCCGAGCAUCGUGACGGCCUGGCACGCGGGCGCCCUGUGGGGCGAUCGGUAUCUUGAGCGCCAGGGCAGCGCUCCCGUGUGCGGCCGGCAUGCCUUGAACAAUUUGUUGGGGGCGCCGCAGUUCUCGGACGGCGACUUGGAGGCCUGGUGGCGGAUUCUCAAGCACAACGACCGCGUGUGGCACGUAGACAGCCUCCGUGAACCCGCCAUUCUAGACGAGGCAGCCUUCGGCAGGGCGCUCCGGAGGCAUCCGAUGGCGUUUCCCAUCGUGACCAAUUCAUACCAGGAGUGA